AUACCGAAGUCGCGCGAACUCGACUCAGAACGCUGAAACCUGUGCAACAGGUAGAACUGUUUACUGAAGAGUUCAUAUUACUGCGGGUUUCACACGGGAAUACCAAACCGAGUUCUCGGACGAGGCGUGUGUUUUCGAAUGACCGAGUGGACACUGCGCGGUUUUUCUGCUUGGACUGUGUUUUUUAUCGGUUAAAAGUGUUCACAAUGCGCCUAAUCCAGAACAUGUCUACUAUAGCGGAGUACCCCAACUCGGAGUGCGGGUCCAACCGGGUCAUAAAGCUGGCCGUGCUCGGGGGCAGCGGAGUGGGCAAAACAGCGCUAGUUGUUCGCUUCCUCACCAAGCGAUUUAUUGGUGACUACGAGAGAAAUGCAGGCAGCCUGUAUUCCAGAGAAGUCCAAAUCGACGGAGAACAAGUGGCUAUUCAAGUGCAGGAUACACCUGGAGUCCAGGUAAACACCAAUGGCCUGAGCUGCACAGAACACGUGAGACGCUCCAUCCAGUGGGCCGACGCCGUGGUCAUGGUCUAUUCUGUGACCGAUGGUCACAGCUUCGAACUCAUUAGUCAGCUCCAUCAGCUUGUGAGUCAUGUGUAUACUGAUAGACCGGCACCACCGAUUAUCCUGCUGGCCAAUAAGGCGGACAUGGUGCACGUGAGGCGGGUGGAGGCGCAGCAGGGCCCUGCGCUGGCCUUGGCACUCGGUUGUUCUUUCUAUGAAGUGUCAGCCAGCGAAGACUACAGUCAGGUGCACGGAGCUUUCCACAGACUCUGCACAGAGCUUGCCAAAAAACAGGUGCUAUUUAACACCAAUGCAGCUUCAGCCACCAACGAGAAGAAAAAGUCACCUCUUAUCCCCAGGCCCAAAUCACCCAACAUGCAGGACCUGAAAAGGCGCUUCAAGCAGGUGCUGUCGGCCAAAGUGCGCACGGUCACUUCUGUGUGAGGAAGAGAGCGAGGGAUGCGGCCCGGAUGUGGGGCUAGACAAGACAGGAGAGUGAACGGUUGAGUGGCAGGGCGAAGAUCAGAAAGGCAGAGGCUCACUGAAGCAAAGUUUUGGUCUUACUCUUGAGUGAAACUGCUAAUCAGCAGGCCAGAUGUAAAACAAAGGGGUGCUGAACUACGACCUCUGAAAUCGGUGACCUCCGACUUGUGAACUUUGACCAUCUUGUGGUGGAGGGCAAACCACCUGUGCUGCUGCGACUGAUUUGUAUGAGAGCGGCUGCAGCAGGAUCCUGAGAACCGUGGCAUCUAAAAUUGCCUUAAAGAAAGAUGAGGAAUGCAAAAAGACGCUUGGACAAAAAAAAACCAUUAACGUACGCACACACUGCGUUAUAUUUGUAGACAACUUCACCUGGCAACAGAGCUUGUGAAGGAUGGAGGGCUGGGUAUUUUUAUCCAUGCAGACAUUUUCUUUUUGUCAAGGCUUUCAGCUCUAAGCAGAAACAAACUGAAAGCAGGCAUUGUUAAAGGAACGAGGCACUAAAACUGAAGGGCACAAGUAGUAAUGUGUGUUUCCGUGUUAAACUCCGUGCCAAUUUGUACAAUUUAAAAAAAAAAUGCACUUUACAUCAUGCCCCAGGGCUAAGGCUUGAUCUUAUUUAUUGUUUUGUGAUUUGAAAAUAAAAUAUUUGACUUUGAA